AUGAGCCAGCAACUGAAGAUAGGCCAGAAUAUACUUUCCAAACAUAUUUGGGAACAAGAAGCUAAAUUUUUAAAGGAUAUAUACUAUCCAAGAACAGAAAUGAAAGAGGUUAGUAACCACCAAGUUGAUGGAAAGGAUAAGAAAGCUCUACAAAGUUUGGCAAACCAUCUUGAGCAUCUGGGCAACCAAACUGAUCGAUUUAAAUCCAUUAUUGAAGAUUCACAACCGAUGCCAGAGGAUGAUAUGCCAAUUCUGCAUUACCUCGCUCACUCCGAGUAUAUCGUUAAUGGGUUCGAUGCAAAUGAAGAAAUGACAACCAUCGAGGUCUUUACUGAUAAAUGGGAUAGAUACAUAAAAGAGAGACAAAAUAAAGAAACAAAUAAGGAAUGACUCAAAGAAGAAUUCCUGUAUCAGUCAAAUAGGAUGCCAGAGCUCCUGACUUCGAAAUUCCAAGCUGUUCAAAACUCAAAAGGAGAAGUUAGAGUCAAAACAUAUCUCACUGCAUUCAUUCCUCAUAAAAAAAUUGAGUGUCAAAUUGAAAAUCAGUGAUACAAAACAGUGGCUAAUUCUAAAAUGAGUUGAGAUAGCAUAGUGGUAUAUGGAAUCUUGAGUCCACUAUGACCUGGCAAGAUACCCGAUGUGAAAUUUUUUACAAACCACCUCAGAUCAAGCACUGGAUUUGAAUAUAUCUCCCAAACUAUUGAUGAGCCAUUAUACAUUGAAGACUUCGGUAAAGUAGAGCUUUUCAUGAAGUUAUUAUUGAGAGACAUUUACAAGUAUAACUUAAACAAAAUAAAAAACCUAUCAGACGAUCCAAUGGGUCCAACAGAUCCUUCCCAAGGUGAAGCUCAGGAAGGAUUGCCCAACUUUAAGAAUUACUUUUUCGUCCCAAUUAAUAUGACAAAGCUGGUAGAGCAUCCGGAAGAUAUCAUUGAUUGGGAUUACAUUGACAUGGUACUUGAUAUCCAUCAUAAAGGAGUUGCCAACACCACCCACAACCUGUACGAUAUUUAUCAGAGAUUUAUGAGCGAAGACUCAGGGAUGAGUAAACAAGAAGGAAUGGAACACUUUAAUGCCUUUGUAAAAGAUAGCAUCUUCAUAAAGGCAGAUAAACCUCACUGCUUAUAUAUCAAUUUAAAGGUAGUUGAAGAUCUCAAACAGAAAGAUCCUAUAGAAUUUGCUGAGCAAUUGAAGAUCAACAUUGGAAGCAAGAAUUUUGAUUCAGCAUAUCAGCUCAUUGAUUCAGGAAAGGUUAACGCAAGCACUGUAAAGUUUUUCAGAGAUUAUUGAUCAUCCAAAGGCAAAGCCCAGUAUUUGAAAUAUAUGAACUCUCCAGUAGUAAUUGCAGAUUUUAUCAAGAAUCCAAAUACACUCAAACUUAGAUUUUUACCAGUAGACCUUGCCAUUAGAGCUAAAAGGAAAUUCUACACAGAAGCCAAACCUCCUGGAGUCUCAGGCAGGCCGAUCCUAUCUCUCCACGAUGUGUAUCCUUAUUAUAUGAACAAAGAGCAGUGGCUUCAUUGCUGAUUUCUGCAGAUUCUUGCCACCCAUUACGAAAGAUGAUCAUAUGUCACAGAGCUAUGAAAUGGAGUGGGACUUGAUGUUAAUUGUGUGGAUCUGUACAUAGCCACCAAUACUAAAGCCACAAGUGCAGAAAUCAAUUUGGAGCCUCUAGAAACUUACGGAGAUACUGUUUUAAAAUUUGCAGCUGCUUGGAUAUCAUACGAAGUUUUUAAGAACGAUCCUGAAGCUGGUGAAAAUGAAAUCUGUGAACGCAGAAACUGUUUCAUCACAAACAAGGAACUCUUUAGAGUAGGAGUUUCACUUAAUCUACGAAGAUACCUAAGAACUCUGGAUGGAGAUAUUACGAACUGGGUUCCUCCAUUCACAGACCUCAGCUUGAAAUACAAUCCUUCUAAAUGAUUUUAUGUAGAAAGCAAGUACACAGGCAAAAACAUUGCAGAUUGAACCGAAGCUCUAAUUGCUGCAUACAUGUUCAAAGGAGGUGUGAAGCAUGCUCUCAAGUUUAUAUCUAAAAUUGGUGCGGUGCCUUUAGAUAAGUCAGGACUUCUAGAAAUGUUUCCUGACUCUCCAUCUUCCUUUAGAAUUGGCAACCCGAAAGAGUUUAGAGUUAAAAUCAAUGCAAAUUUCGAAGAAAUAUUUAAAGAGUACUGUCUCAGACAUCUCCCAAGCCACUCUAUUAUUCAAAAUUUCAAGAAGAGCCUGAGAGUUAAGCAAAUAGAACCUCUAGGAGCAGCAUACAAACAUAUGGAAAAUUAUUCGCACAAUGACCUUACUCAAGUUGGUCAGUGGGACAAAGUACUUGAAGAACUCGAAAGCAUUUUGGACUACAAGUUUGUGAACAUUAAAUAUCUCAAAGAAGCACUGAUCCACGAAAGCUACUACUCAGUUCACUGCAGUAGAAGCUAUGGCUACAUAAUCAAUUAUGAAAAGUUAGAAGUUCUAGGAGAUGCAGUACUGGACGUCAUCGUAAACAGCUCACUUGCAGCGUUUGCAAUGGAGAAAAAUGUAUCUCCAUUUGAAAUACACCAUUCAAAGUCAAGACUAGUCAAUAAUGAACUUUUAUGAAAAAUAGCAUGAUUUUACGGAAUUCACAGAUUUAUAUUAUCAGGUCUAUCAACAUUUACUAUUCCAGAAGACCAAAUUCAAGACUUAUUUGAUGAAGAUGCCAAGGCAUCAGCAGAAGGAAAAUACGGAAGGCAAUUUUUUGAAUCUCUAGGAAGUAGAUCUAACACUUUCUGGAAUCAUAAAACGAGCUCAAAGAGCAGGAAGAGGAAUAAAUCAAGAAGAAGGAAGAAAGCAAAUCAUUACCCAGUCCUAAAUCAGAAAGUUGUUAAACCUAAUUUCGAAAAGAAUACAAAAGCACAAUGCAUUAACUCAUAUUUGAAAGACUUUGAGCCUAACUUUGUGUUCUGUUCUGAUUAUGAGCCAUUUGAAGAGUUACAGCAUAAGAUCCACAACAGAUAUUAUGAAGCACCAAAAAUCAUACCUGAUGUGUUCGAAGCUAUCCUCGGUGCCGUUUUUGUUGAUGGAGGCUACAAUGAAGUGGUCAGGGUACUCCAACACACCUUGGGUCCUUUUGUAUGCAUGGUGGCAAAGUAUUUUGACAAGAUUAGGAAAAAUCCCAUUGAAGAGUUCACUCUGUUCUGCAAUUCUAAAGGCUUAACCCCAAAGAUAGAGACAUUUAAGCUUGGAGCUAUCAAAGAGAAGAAUCCAUACGAUUCUGAUUGAAAUCAAGAAUUGGGAUAUCCCUUAGAAGACCAGCCUGAGGGAAAACCUCUGGUUCACCACAAAUGCGUGAUUAUUCAUAAAGGAAACAAACAGUUAAGCAAAUCUUAUGGAAAUACAAGAGAGCAGGCGAAGAAGAAUGCAUGUGCAUUAGGCUUCUCUCUUUUGAGAGAAGAGUUCAACCUAGAAAAACAAGAUUCAAAGGAAGGUAAAAAGGAACCUAGUAAUGAUCAAAGCAGUGAUGAGUGUACCUACACUCAUGACAGUGGUGAUACUUCGUUUGAUCAUAGCAAAAUGAGGGGGGAUGGAUCAGACGAGUGAAUGUCUGAAGGAUCUAAAGAUAUUUAUUAAGAUAUGAUAUAAUUCUUAUGAUAG